AGACCAGUUCGUUUAGCAGUGGGGAGAAUGGAAUUGUAAACACAAGGACGAAUUAAUCAUUCUAAAAACAUUGGUCGUCGAAUUCGAUCUACAGAAGAAGACAGUCACAGUGUUAUCCGUGGUUUCGUUCAGUUCUGUACGUAGCAGUUUUUAUGGAAACAAUAUUCUAAUUAAUCAAAACAAAAAUGGCGCUUCUAAGGAGGAUCAUUAAAUGCGAGGCACAUUAUAUCUCAAGGUUAUACGGUUCAAGUUCAUCGACUGUUCAAAUGUACAUCGAUGGACAAUUCGUGGAAUCAAAGGCAACAGAAUUUACUGAUGUUCAUGAUCCAGCAACGAAUGAACUUCUCUACCGUACUCCAAAAUGUACGAAGGAAGAAAUGGAAAGAGCUGUUGAGAGUGCGAAAAACGCUUACCAGAAGUGGCGUAACACUAGCGUACUCACCAGGCAAAAUUUAAUGCUCAAGUAUCAAGCUCUUAUACGAGAGCACUCGAAAGAAAUUGCAGAAAAUAUGGUGAGAGAAAAUGGCAAGACCAUGCUCGAUGCAGAAGGUGAUAUUUUACGUGGUCUGCAGGUUGUAGAUGCAUGCACUUCAAUCCCAAUGUUACAAAUGGGUGAAUCAACUCCGAACAUUGCUACAGACAUGGAUAUUAUUUCAUACAAAAUUCCACUUGGCGUGACAGGUGCUAUCUGUCCUUUCAAUUUUCCCGCAAUGAUCCCAUUAUGGUCGUUUCCGGUAUCAGUUGCAUGUGGCAACACAACGAUCUUAAAACCUUCCGAACGAGUACCUGGAGCUUCGAUGAUCCUUGCUGAUCUUUUCACAAAAGCAGGUGCCCCGCCAGGUCUUUUAAACGUCAUUCAUGGUCAACACGGUGCAGUCGAUUUCAUUUGUCAACAUCCCGAUAUAAAAGCUGUAUCAUUUGUUGGUUCGGAUCAAGCGGGUAAAUACAUAUACAAGGAGAGCAGUGCACACGGUAAACGUGUACAAUGUAACAUGGGUGCAAAGAAUCAUUGUGUUGUAUUACCGGAUGCGAAUAAAAAUAAAACACUUUCACAAAUAACUGGUGCGGCAUUUGGUGCAGCUGGUCAAAGGUGUAUGGCAUUGUCCGUGGCAAUCUUCGUUGGUAAAUCAAAGGAAUGGAUAGGGGAGUUGGUUGAAGCUGCCAAGAGGUUGAAGGUCAAUGCCGGACAUGUACCUGGUACCGAUCUUGGACCAGUUAUAUCGCCACAAUCGAAACAAAGGAUAUGUAAUUUAAUCGAAUCAGGUGUGAAAGAAGGUGCUGGUCUUCCACUAGAUGGAAGAGGAAUUGUUGUAAAAGGAUACGAAAAUGGAAAUUUUGUUGGUCCUACUGUCUUAACCGAUGUUAAGUCAUCUAUGAAAUGUUAUACGGAAGAGAUCUUUGGUCCAGUACUUUCCUGUAUGUUCGCUGAUACUUUGGACGAAGCUAUAGAUAUUAUCAAUAAAAAUCCUUAUGGGAAUGGUACUGCAGUAUUUACGAGCAAUGGUGCAACCGCAAGAACGUUCAUUGAUAGAAUUGAAGCAGGUCAAGUUGGAGUUAACGUUCCUAUACCUGUUCCAUUACCUAUGUUCAGUUUCACCGGUAAUAAAGGAUCGUUUCUUGGGGACAAUCAUUUUUAUGGAAAAUACGCUGUCAAUUUCUACACGCAAACGAAGACAAUAACUCAAUUAUGGCGAUCAAGUGAUGCGAGUAAUAUUGCAUCUUCAACAGCAAUGCCUACAAUGCAAUAAAAUAAAAUAAUAAUAUUUCAAAUUUAAAUAGAUUUUUUAAAUGAAUAUUACGCUUAUCAAAAGUCUUCCAAUGAAAAUGAUCUUCUUACAGUUCCUACAAUGUUUACUUUAUUAAAGAAAUUUUUUGGAUAUAUA